AUGGCGCCAGAUGAGAGUGCUGCGAAAUAUAUCCACUGGGGGGCGACAACUCAGGGCAUUAUGGACAAUGCAUCUGUCCUUCAGAUCCGGGCCGGACUAGGCAUGGUAGAAACCCGCCUGGAGAAGGUUGCUUCAGCACUCAAAGUUAUAUCGAUCAGGGACCGUCAUACCCCAACGGCAGGAC